UUCAGACUUUUUCCACUUCCAGUAUUCCACAGCUCGCAGUGACUAGAGUUUGGUGAUAUGGAUUUGUCGUUUGCACCUUGGGAAAAUGUAGGCCACAAACCAGUCAUUGUCAUAGACUCGUGGGGUCAUUGUCUGCUUUUGUCUUUCUGAACUUUGACCUCCUGAACCAUUCUGAAAUCUGAACUCUUUGCAUUCGACGAUGCAUAUACACAGAAGGCAGAAGCUACAAGAUGGAUGAGCUCUUGAACCUCUUUUGGAAUCCUUCUUCUAUGGAUUAUUGCAUAGCCAACAACCCUUAUUCGAGUCUUUGAAUUGGCUAAAAGAGGGGCUUUGAAGAACAAUUCUUGAAGCUAGGAAAUGCAAUCCCAGAUAGUAUCAAAGAUGGAAAAAAACCAGUCUUUACUCAUCCAUGUUGAUGAUCUUAGAGGAAGAUAUUCAGUUUCUGAGUUCAUCAGUCUCAUGCCAAGUCAACUUUCUGUAUCAGACCAGAAGUCCAUCUCCCAUCUUAUGAUCUUCUGUAGCCAAGAUGAAUCUAUUCAAUUCAACAACAACAAAGGGAUUGCGGCAAUCAAAGAAAAGAUCAAAUCUGCACUUGAGGGUUUGGGUGUUUUUCUCUUCCCACUUUAGUGCAACUGUGGAUGCCCAAAACAAUAGGCACCCAACAGCUUCUUGUGACUUCAGAUCUUCCUUUUGGUAUUAGUCUGCUCACCGAAGGACUCUGUUUGUAUAGGAAGCGUUGUUUGGAACACAGAUAUGAUCUUGAUUGUCAAGAAGAGCUUGGCCCUGUUGGACGGGUUUUUAGAAAUGGGGUUUCAGAAUUUAGUCCAUAUGUGUCUUGUUACUCAUCUAAAGAGUUUAAACUGAGGGAUGCUGCUGUUAGAUGUGGUGUAAAUGGAUACCUGGCUUUGCCAGUUUUUGAGUCAGUUAGGGAUCAAUGUGUCGGUGUGCUUGAGCUGAUUACUUCGUGGGAUGGGAAUUAUUACUUUACUGAUGCAAUUGGAAAAGUUAUUGAUGAUGCUUUCAAGGCCGUAGGACUGAGGAUUUGUGAUGCACAUUUGUCACUUCACAAGGAUAGAAUUUCUCAGCAUGAAUUUGACCUCAGUCAAAUUGAGAACGGUUUGAAUGCAUUCUGUCAUGCACACUGUAUACGUUUUGCUCAGACCUGGUUCACAAGCACUGGAGAGAACCAUAAUGAAAGUGUCAUGUGCACAAGUGAAAGGGGAUCAGUUAUGUCAGUCAAGAAGGUUUCCUCCUUCCAAAAGGAUUGCAUUCAGUUUGGCUUAAAGAAAGGACAGAGUGUUGUAUGGAGUGCAUUUACAUCUGGUGCUUCAUGCUUCUGCAAAGAUGUGAAGCAGUUAAGUAUUGAUGAGUACCCCCUAGUACUUAGUGCACGCAAAGUUAACUUAACUGGCUCUUUUGCUGUCUGUCUGCAAAGUAGAUCCACAGGAAAUGAAGUUUAUGUGCUAGAGUUUUUUCUGUGCCCGUACCAACCUUCUUAUGGGAAACCACAGACCCUCUUGAAAGCUUUUUUAGCUGCAGUACAGCAGAACUUUCAGAGUUUCAAGGUUGCAUCUGUACAAGAAUCAGGGGCGGAUACACCUUUGAACAUAAUUAAACUUGAUAGACUGGAUGAAUCUUUGGAAAUGUGUGCAACAACCGGAUCUCAACCUUUGCUUAGAUUCUCACAUAACAACUGUGAGAAUGUACGAACACAGGACAAUCUUCCUGUUCUUCAAAAUAAUGAAGACAUGGUAAAGGCACCAGGAGUGAAGGUUCCCAGAAACCAGUCAAGAAGGCAACUUGAAGAUGCUGAGUGUAUGUCUGAUAUUGUCAUACAUGAAGAAAAGCAGUUAUGCAGAGAGCGUAGCAUAGAUAGACAGACCAACAAGAGAAAAGCUGAUCAUUCCCUUUCUCACGAAGAUGCAAGAGGAUCUGAAAACCACAAUAAGAGAACACGUAAUAGAGACCAAGCACGUUCUGAUUUACCUCCUGACGAAGGCACUACUUCUGUUUCUCACCCUGCAGCACCAGCACCAGAAAAUGAAGGCACAAUUAUGAUAAAGGCAGCAUUUAAGGAAGGCAUGAUUAAGUUUCCACUCUCUCUCUCAUCAGGGAUGAUGGAUUUUGAGAAAGAAGUGACAAAGAGGUUAAAUUUGACAACUGGAAGUUUUUUGAUCAAGUAUCAAAAUGAAGAUAAUAACUACAUUUUAGUAUCCAAUGAUGUGGACUUGCAGAAGUUGAUGUUUGAUAUGAUGUCAAAAAGGAAGAAUACAGUCAAAGUUCUUCUUGAGCCUACUGAGAAUCAACACCUUGAAAUUUCCAGGGGUUCUGUUGGUAGCCCUAUGCUGCAGAUAAAUCCAGUGCAGAACGAGAGUAUAAAGGCACCACCAGCACCAGAAGAAGGCACAAUUAUGAUAAAGGCAUCAUUUAAGGAAGACAUGAUUAAGUUCCACUCUCUCUCUCAUCAGGGAUAAUGGAUUUUGAGAAAGAAGUGACAAAGAGGUUAAAUUUGACAACUGGAAGUUUUGAGAUCAAGUAUCAAAAUGAAGAUAAUAACUACAUUUUAGUAUCCAAUGAUGUGGACUUGCAGAAGUUGAUGUUUGAUAUGAUGUCACAAAGGAAGAAUACAAUCAAAGUUCUUCUUGAGCCUACUCAGAAUCAACACCUUGGAAGUUCCAGGGAUUCUGUUGGGAGCCCUAUGCUGCAGAUAAAUCCAGUGCAGAAUGAGAGUAUAAAGGCACCACCGGCACCAGAAAAUGAAGGACAAUUAUGAUAAAGGCAGCAUUUAGGAAGACAUGAUUAAGUUUCCACUCUCUCUCUCAUCAGGGAUAAUGGAUUUUGAGAAAGAAGUGACAAAGAGGUUAAAUUUGACAACUGGAAGUUUUGAGAUCAAGUAUCAAAAGGAAGAUAAUAACUGCAUUUUAGUAUCCAAUGAUGUGGACUUGCAGAAGUUGAUGUUUGAUAUGAUGUCACAAAGGAAGAAUACAAUCAAAGUUCUUCUUGAGCCUACUCAGAAUCAACACCUUGAAAGUUCCAGGGGUUCUGUUGGUAGCCCUAUGCUGCAGAUAAAUCCAGUGCACAAUGAGAGUAUAAAGGCACCACCAGCACCAGAAAAUGAAGGCACAAUUAUGAUAAAGGCAUCAUUUAAGGAAGACAUGAUUAAGUUUCCACUCUCUCUCUCUUCAGGGAUAAUGGAUUUUGAGAAAGAAGUGACAAAGAGGUUAAAUUUGACAACUGGAAGUUUUGAGAUCAAGUAUCAAAAGGAAGAUAAUAACUACAUUUUAGUAUCCAAUGAUGUGGACUUGCAGAAGUUGAUGUUUGAUAUGGUGUCACAAAGGAAGAAUACAAUCAAAGUUCUUCUUGAGCCUACUCAGAAUCAACACCUUGAAAGUUCCAGGGAUUCUGUUGGGAGCCUAUGCUGCAGAUAAAUCCAGUGCAGAAUGAGAGGAUCAUGACCAUAAAGGCAACAUAUAAAGAGGAGACUGUAGAGCUUCAGGUUUCCCUUUCUUCAAAAUUGAUGGAACUGAAAAACGAAGUCAUGAAGCAGUUCAAGUUAAGCGGUGACAGCUUUGACAUCAAGUGUCUAGCUGAACCCAAUGAAUGGAUUCCAUUGACCAGCGACAAUGAUUUGCAUAAUUGUGUGACUAUCAUGAAACCACAGGAAAACCCAACAAUCAGACUUGCUGUUGAGCCAUGCACCAAUCAGAUUCCUGAGGAAGUUGCUACUUCUGCUUCACCUCCUAUGCCACAAGCUAUGACAAUGCAAAAUGAAAGCCUCAUGACAAUAAAGGCAACAUACAAAGAAGUCAUGAUAAAGUUUCAGCUCUCUCUUUCAUCAGGACUGAUGCAACUCAGAGAUGCGAUAAAGAAACGGCUCAACCUGAGUGGUGAAAGUUAUGAGAUCAAGUAUCAAGAUGUCAAUAACAAUUGGAUUUGUCUAUCCAGAGAUGCAGAUUUGCAGAGUCAUUUAAGAGCUAUGAGAUCAUCAGACAGGUCAACUGUCAGACUUCAUAUUGAGCCCUUGAAGACAUAGCCUCAAAAGGUUCACUAUGCUUACUGUUUCAGUUUGAACUUCUUUUUGUGGAACAUAUAUACAGGAGCCACAAACAAUUUCUUAAUCUUCAAUAUCUAGCUUGUGUGAGAGGGAUCAACCUACACAUAAAUUUUAUUAUACAAUUAACUACCAACCUGUUGGGG